CAGUCUCCGUUUCGUGUUGCAUGCAUGAUUUCUUUACUUGGAAAAAUAUGUGUGUACAGUUAAUUAUUUUCGGAAUGUGCGAUUAAGUUUAUUUAUUUUGCAUUCUAGACGUAUAUGUGGUGCUUUAUAAGUGAUCAAUCCUGAGUUUAUUUAAGUGGUCUUCCCUUGUUAAACCUGUUCGACGCUAAAUGCUUCCUUCUCGAUUCCAACUUCCUGCUUGAUGCGUUUAAAUGUUCCUUACUGAAUACACAUGAGGGAUUAAACCAGCGUCACCAACGCUGAGCUUGCACCAUGGACCCGGAUACCACGGACUGGCUGCGAGAGACUUUACGGAGUGUGCAGUUGGAACAGUUUUAUUUACCAAUCAGGGAUCAACUUCAGAUAACAAGGUUGGCUCACUUUGAUUAUGUACAUGAGGAUGAUUUGGAACAAAUUGGCAUAGCUAAGCCUGCAGUGCGCAGGCUACUAGAAGAAGUAAGAAAAAGGAAGCAGAAAUUAUGGAUUCAGAAGUUUUGGACUAAAAUAUUUGGGACUACUUCAAAUUCAGUAGCUAAGGAAAAAGCUGGUUUAGCUCCUGCAACACCCACAGCAGCCGUAGGAAGAUCAACAUGUAUUAUAUUAGAACAAGAUAUUACGCUCCAGAAUGAAUUAGGAAGUGGCUCAUUUGGUGUAGUUAGAAAAGGAGAAUGGCGAAUGCCGGACUCCGGAAAGACUGUGGCAGUAGCUGUCAAGGUUUUGAGAAAUGAUGUCUUUUCCCAAACUGGUGUCUAUGAUGACUUCAGACGAGAAGUUGAAGCUAUGCAUCAGUUGAAUCAUAACAAUCUAAUUAAACUGCAUGGCGUGGUGUUCCAUCCAUUGAUGAUGGUCUGCGAGUUGGCCCCCAUGGGUGCUUUACUAGACUACAUAAGAGCUCAAAACGGAAGAGUCUCACUGAAGUUUAUAUCUAAAUGGUCAGAGCAAGUUGCAGGAGGCAUGGCGUAUUUAGAAAAAAGUCGAUUUCUACAUAGAGACUUGGCCUGUAGAAAUAUUUUGCUAAGCAGACUAGAUCUGGUAAAGAUCGGCGACUUCGGAUUAAUGCGAGCACUAUCUGACGCCGACGAGUUCUACGUGAUGAGCGAACGGCGAAAGGUCCCAUUUCCAUGGUGUGCACCCGAAUCACUACGGCAUAAACAGUUCUCGCACGCCUCCGAUGUGUGGAUGUUUGCUGUGGCGUUGUGGGAAAUGUAUUCUUUUGGAGAGGAGCCGUGGAUUGAUUUAAACGGAUCGGAAAUACUGCGACGGAUAAUGAGAGACGGGCAACGCUUGGCGGCGCCAGCAGCCUGCCCACCAGACGUUUAUAUGCUCAUGAUGCAAUGUUGGGACCUGGAGCCCAAGAAGAGACCCACCUUCGAAGGCAUCCUGCGGUACAUCCAGGGAAAUAAGCUUGAGACCGCCACAGCUGCGCUAAGUUAUCAUAAACAAGACCAACUGACGGUGGAGGCGGGGGACGCGAUCGUGCUGAUAGACAGGCGCCCGGAACUGCACUGGUGGAAGGGGCAGAAUCAGAGGACUAUGGAUGUGGGAUUGUUCCCUAGUACGAUCUUGAAACCAAUUAAAAGCAAAAUAGUACCGGGGACGACCUUCAAGAAAACAUCACCGUCAAAUAAAGCUCAAAGCCCAACAUCGCCUGUGGCAUCAGACGACUCAGCGGUGGUACUACGAAACAAGCGACGAACAAUCGAAUCCACACAACCACCGAGCACACGGGCAGCGAACGCCGGCAGCAAACAGUUCCAUUACAACAAACUGAUCAAUGAUCGCACGUUAGCGUUGAAGAAGUUGGCGCGAGGGGUGCAUUCGAAGAGUUUGUCACAAGUGAGGACAGAUCUCUUGAUCGACUUGGACAUGCCGCCGGCGACGCGGACGAGCGUGCCCGCCGCCAGGACCUCCAACAACGUCUCUCUAUUGGACGAGCCUAUUGAUGUGCCUGAAGCGAAUCGAUUAGCAGACUGGGGUGAGCCAAGAACAGACAGUCUACCGAGCUACUCGCAAUCCCCCCGAUCCCAAAGCGCGAAUCUCCACGGAGCCAAAUCUCUAGAUAACCUGUUCAUGUCUCAAUCACUAAGUGAACCGGAUCCCUUCGACACUUCCCAGUGCUGGACCGUUACACCACCGACUCAAACACGACCGAACUAUAGUUUACAAGGUGAAUUCAAUAAUGUAUACACUCAGGAAUCUCAUAAAUACUCGAAUUAUACACCAUCUACUAGUUCUACCGUAGAAAAUAUUUAUAACAACGCACCCGCCUAUCAGAGUAACUCUAGUUUAGUUCAUAAUACCGGCAGCGCGACGCUUCCAAAUAAUUCUAGUUAUAACCGACAUGCAGCAGUCCCCAAUAAUUCUAACUAUGGAACGGUUCCAAACUCAAGUGCCAACUAUGGUAUGCUUCCUAACAAUACUGCUAUGCCUAAUGGGCUGCAAUCGCAUAGUUCAAACGUAGCCCCCUACGGAUUACCACCAAAUAAUACAUAUUCAAACACUUUAUCAGAAGAAAACGCCUCAUCAAGCGAGACUAUUGCCGCAGCUCUAAGAGGCAUAUCCCUGGACGAUAAAAUAUCGGAAUCCCUCAAUCUCAGAUCGAAAAACACAAAUAGCGAUAACAUUUAUGCAAAUCACAACGUGAAUGACGGUCCGUCCACGUCAGCCGCGCCUGCGGCGAGCCGCGACGCGUUCGGCAUGCCGAUCUACGGAAACUUCGACGCUAAUCCCGCCCAGCAACAGUUCAUUUUAGAAACGGAGGAGUUCUAUUCAAAACGAUCGAGCAACUACGAUAAGAACAUUUUUGUACCUGAAAACGAGAAAGAAAAUGAGAAGCUGCAAAAUUUCAGCGAAUCUGAUAAUACCAAGAAAUAUUUCGAGGCGAAAUACGAUUAUUCAUUGUAUUCGGGUGGCAGUUUCAGCAGCGCUUCGACGUCGCGCGGUAAUUACAACUACGCCGUGCCGAAUGACGCCUCCAGUAAUAUCUACUCGGAGAUCGGCGACGCGGAGAGCGUGUACGGAGCGAGCGGUGACGGUGAGUACAGCAACGCUCGGCUGUACGACGUGGUGUACGAGACCGCGCCGCCGCGGCCGCACCGCCCGGCGCCGCCUUGCCCUUUCCAACCUAAAUAGACUGUUGCCAUCUUUAGAUACUCUCAUAAAAUGCAAGUAAAUUGGAAUGUUAAUUAUUACGAUAAGAUUUCGCCGAAGGUUCACUGUAUAUAAAGGUUGAAUGAUUUGCGGUUUAUCGAGCGUGCCAUUAAGUUCGAGUAAAUAUGACCCUUGCCUUAAAUUUGCACGAAGUUGUUUUAUGUCAAAGUAACAGUUUGGUUACCGUUCUCAGUUGAUGUAUUCCGUCUCUUUCUAUAGCAUGCAAACUCGACCAUCAUAGUUACGAUAUCAUAAGCCAACAUUUCACUUGUAGUAGUGGUUUAGUAAUACAAAGGACGCAUUUAGUGCUGCCCCAUUUCAAAACCUUAGUGUAUUUAUUGAAUUCAUAAAGUUCCUCAUUAUAUGUACACCGUGUAUUUUUUUAACUCUGUCAACUUCAAGGGGGCAUUCUUGAGCUCAAAUUAAUUUCUCAAAGACACCAAUAUACUGAUACACUCCAUUUUGAGGAUAAUCAUUGAUUUUUAUAAGACACUUAAGUGCGCUUGCUUAAGGGCCUGUUUACAUAUUGAGUGUUCAGUACGAGUUCAUACAUUUGCUGCUAAACGAAAGUACAGUCUCGGACGAUCGAUGUUCGAAUUGUUCGCUUGAGCUAAAUAUAAUGCCCAAUUUUUUUAAUGAAAAUCAAAACUAGUACAAAUUUACGAAAAUUUAACUAUGCCAUGUAGUUUCUUUAGACGCACUUAGCCACACCCUGAAGUUAACGGAAUUCAAUAAAUCACCGCGUAUUCAUCACAUUUGGUCAAAGUUGUUUCACACAUUGAAGGUGGAAUAUAUCACAUACCAAGGUAAAGAUUAUUCCGUUUCCGUAAAGAUAAAAAGUGCCCAUAGGCUGCGCUGGCUCCUUAACAUUAGGCGGGCCGCACGCUUGUUUGCCGCCGUCGUGGUAUAUAAAAAAAAAGUAAAAGUUGCUCAUCUAUUCACUUGGAAUUGAAAUGGUCUUCCAUUAUAUGCGGAUUUCCCAAUGCGAUUUGCUUAAAUCGCUAGUUUUUUAAUAUUAUGUAAUGUUGUCUAUUAUGAUAGUGACAGACUGUUUAUAUGUUAUUGUCUUCUAUAAUCAACACGAUCGGAAUGAGUAAAUUGAGUAACUAUUAACUAAGCGAAUACAUUACGAUUCAAUGACAACAAAUGAAUAAUUAUUACAUAAUUUGAAGACUUGUGCUUUCAAAACAAUGAUGAACAAUUGAACAUCUUAUUUGAUGGAUGUGGAUGGAUGGAUUUUGAUUUUAUAUCUUCACAUCUAUCUGGCUAAUGUAUGCAGCUGUGUUUUAUAUGACAAUGAACGGUUUUAAAUUUAUAUAGCCAUUGUUUUAAGUUUAACUCGAACAUCACACGGUGCCUCACUACCAAGUACCUGUUAGAUUAGUUGCUAAUAUAAAGUUAAGAUGUGUUUCCCGUGCAACUUUGUGUUAUUUAUUGAAAUUGUUUGUAUGUUUGUUGUGUCAAUAACUAUGAUUUUUAAGAUUGCGUCAUUCUUAAGGAAAAUAAUAUUGCGAUUAGCGUUUACAUUGCAGUGUCGCAUUUAGACCUACGUUAACAAUAUUGCCAUGAUAACAACAUAUGCAGUAAUCGCAGUAGAAAUGUCAUGCUAUUAAAUAGUCGGCUGCAGUUACAUAAGGCCCCUUUUUUCGAACGACACAAUCUUUUAAUAUUUGACACCGUGAGGCUGCUUAAUUGGUUGUACUUAAUAAAUGCAGCUAAUUUAUACUUGUCUUGAUAUAUUGUGAUUGUAUAGUACUAGUAUUAACCUUCGUUUGAGAUACUAUGCUUUGAUAUUCGUUGUAAUACUUUUUUGUGCGUUUUCGCAUUUUUUAAAAUCAUUAGUGUAACAUCACAAGUAGGUAGCUAAUUGUAUUAACGUAAGAGUAGUUAUCUAAAUAUUUUACUCUGGAUUCUUUGUACAUAUUAAAUUUUACCCAAAGAUAUUCUGUCAAAACACAAAUGGGCUGCUUAAAGUUCGAAAUAUUUACGUGAUUCAAGAGUCGAAGGAAGAAAAGUAGUAAAUGAAACGAAGAAAAAUUUGAGUAGGUACGACUUCUGGUCGGACGAAAUCGCGGGCGAGGCUAGUAAUAUUGUACGUCAACUUGUAGUUACAAGGUAAUAAAGGAAAAGUAUAAAGAAAAUUAAGUCACAUUAAAGUCAAAUUUUGUGACUUGUAUGUUGUUCCACACUUAAAUUUAAGUGUGAACUUUCUUCUAUUUUAGUGCUGAUAUCAUAUACUACAUCUAAUGGGUCCAGUACAGCCAAGUUUUAAAUUAUAAUUAAAAUCAACCUUUUCCUUAGUAUCUACGAGUACAGUCGACGUUGACAUCAGAUAUAUAUAUAUGUUUAUCCCUUACUGCAUGUAAUAAAAAUAUUUGUUGAAAUUUCAACUUUAUAAGCUGUCAAUAGAGUUGACUGUGAUAUCCGCCAUAUAUGGCUUCGUAUACGGUGAAGGGUUAACUCGAUAAUAUGAAAUAAAUAUGUACUCUUUAUGUUUCGACGUCGACUACAAGGAUAGAACAUGUAUAUAGACUAUUUUUGACUAAGACUUUGAAUAUUGUUAGUUAUCUAGAAAUAUAUUCCUUACUCCAUAUGAAUCUACUCUAUGUGGUGUACGUCAAGUGUAUUUCAAUGGUAGUUAUAAAAGCAACUCGGCUGUCAUGUUAAAGUGACGAUGACACUGGAGAGUUUGUGUAAAUUUGCUCAAUACUACAAAAAAUAAUGCCUCUCGAAACAGCAAAAUAGUAAGAGCAGAUUUACUUACUAUUGAGUAGCGGACCCCUAAAUAAAAUAUUGAUGUUUUACUUGUCGAGUAGAAUAUUUUUAACUUUUAAUGAUAUCGCAUCACCUAGGUAUUUGAUGUCUACAACUCGACAUGUAGAAAGGUACAGAUGUAGUGCAUAAUGGACCCGGGUAUGUCCUUAAACUACGUCCAAAAGAGAGGUAUGGACACUGUGAAUGACAUCUCGUUUUGUGUGGUAGGGCACAGGACAGCGGAUGUCAUUCCAGAUCUAGAGCAGAGCCCAACUGGGGAGGUACCUCCACCUUACAGAAAACCGCAGCCAAAUAACACUAGACCCUACUAAUAGUGUUGUGUUCCUGCCGGUGAGUAAGGUUGCCAGAGCUCGAGGGUGCGGAGUGUUAGGGUCGGCAACGCGCAUGUAACUCCUCUGGAGUUGCAGGCGUACAUAGGCUACGGAGACUGCUUAACAUCAGGCGGGCCGUAUGAUUGUUUGCCACCGACGUAGUAUAAAAAAAAAUCUUUUACCGUCGUAUUUUCACGGAAACGCACGAACGUGUUAUUCAGUCAGUCUUAGUACAAAAAGUACUGAGGUUUACUGAAGUAGCAUGACAAAUAAGAACGUUUCCGAGAAAAUACGAUGGCAAAGGAUUAUGCCUGUUAUGCACUACAUAUGUAAUAAUAUUAGAUCAAACACUGCUGUUGCAGCAAAUCUUCUCUGCAUUUCGGUCUUGUGUCUUACUUCGUGUGUGCGUUUGUUGGGUCUGUUCUGGCUGAUAAACUCUAAGGCUGCCUAUCCACUGAUGCAAGGUCGAGACGUGCGAGAAGCAACCAUUAUCAUUGGUUUUCGUUUCCGCAACGCUGGAUUACACCAAUGUUAUUGGUUGAUUCCCGCACGUAUUCUCUCAUCUCCGCCUCAGUGGAAAGGCAGCCUAAAUUCGACUGAUUGGGAGUAUGAAUCAUGUUCAAUAUUAUUAUGUUUACGUGUUCAGAUUGGAAAGGGAGGAAUGUACAACUCAAUAUAACAUUAUAAGUAUAUGGUGCAAUACAACACAUCACAAGAAAUGUUAAUUUUCGAAAUUACGUGUAGCUAAUUAUAACUUGAAAUAUUUUUGUAGAAGAACUGGUAAGGCAUUGCUUUACGUUUAUAAAGGUGUGAAAGGACUUUUAAGAGAUGACUGAUUAUCUAAAAUUUGUGCCUAUUUAUUGUACAAAGUACCAAAUUAGUUAUUUCCUGACUAAGUUAGUGUGAUCGCGUUUUUGUUGGCUAUAGUCGCAAACCUCGUAACACCUCCGGAGGAGUUACGUGAUUUGCAACCUUAGGUAUUAUUGAAUAAAUUAGCAAAUUCCUGAUGUCCUGUAAUGGAGUUACGAGGUUUGCGACUUUAGCCGACGUUAUAUCUGACGUAAAAUAUGUAAAGAAUGCGAUCGUGCUAGUCUGUUUACCCCUAUUUGUUGAAAGUGUGCUACCUCCACACUCAUUUGUUCAUCUAAUGAUUUUAGUAUCGAUUUAAUCGACGAUAACGAAGUUUGGGGCUAAAAUAGCGCGAGUGUGGGUGUAGCAUUAGGUAUGUUUUUUACGGAGUGUCUAUAAACUGUACAGUGCUAAAGUAAAAAUAAGUGGUUUAAUAAAAACUUAUUGGCUUCGUAAAA